AUGUCUGCUGAACAAAAUCACGGUCUCGAGAAGGACGUCGGGCCUGCUGCCCCUGGCCCUGCUGCCCCUACUGCUACCAGCACCUCAGCUGGUCCUAACGGAGAUCCCAUAACCUCCGAGGAGCGAGCGCGCUUUGGAUAUGGUCCUCUGUCGCACGUCGACCCCAAGCAGGCCGUUCUCCGCCCCUUCGGUGGUGAGUUCCAGCCCGGUCUAUACAAGUCAGUCGAGACCCGCAAGUUCGCCAACCCUGCUCCCCUGGGCCUGUGCGCUUUCGCCCUCACCACUUUCGUCCUGAGUGCCAUCAACAUGCAGGCGCGUGACAUCACUGCGCCCAACAUUGUUGUUGCUCUCGCUUUUGGUUACGGUGGUCUGGUUCAGUUGCUUGCUGGCAUGUGGGAAAUGGCUGUCGGAAACACUUUUGGUGCUACAGCUCUGUCUUCCUAUGGUGGUUUCUGGCUCGCAUUCGCCAUUGUCCUCACUCCUGGUGGCUUCGAAAUCGAAGCAAGCCUUACCGAGAACGGUGACGAGACCAUGUUCUACAACUCGUUCGGAUUGUUCUUGAUGGGCUGGUUCAUUUUCACCACAAUCCUGCUCUUCUGCACUCUGAGAUCCACCGUGGCCUUCUUCCUGUUGUUCUUCUUCCUGGACUUGGCCUUCUUGCUUCUCGGUGUUGGUUACAUCCAGCGCGAUGCCGAUGGCGCGCCUAACCCUCCCGUGAUCAAGGCCGGUGGCUUCUUCGGUCUGCUGGCUGCCUUUGCUGCUUGGUACAACGCCCUUGCUGGUAUUGCCGACAGCAGCAACAGCUUCUUCAUCCUCCCGGUCGCCCACUUCCCGUGGUCCCCUACCGGCCGUGCUCGUCGCGAGAAGACCCAGCGCGAGACUGUUUAA